UUCAGCCAAGCGCGCGCGGCGCUGGCCAAUCAGAAUAUUGUGUGAGUCUCUGUGGUACCCGGAUGUAAAAAGUCCGGCGCUGUGGCUGCGGGGCCGGCCGGCCGCGUUGCUGUGCGGACUCGGAGGCGGCGCCCCUGCUGCGGGCGCUAUGGGCGGCAAGAACAAGAAGCACAAGGGGGGCGGCGCGGGGGCCGGGGCCGUUCACGCCGCUGUGUCCGCGGCCACCGCUGCUGCCAGGGCUAAAGCGGCUGCCGAGUCCGGAGCCGCCGGGGAAGCUGCGGGCAAGAGACCCGCCGUGAGGCCGGCCCUGGUGUCCAAGGAGCCCCGCGUCAAGCAAGGUCCAAAAACCUACAGUUUUGGUUCCACACCUGAUUCUGGUGCUGCUGCAAAUCUGGAUAAAUCUAUCCUUAAAGUAGUGAUUAACAGUAAUUUGGAAAAAAGGAUUAUUGGAGUAAUCAAUGAGCACAAAAAGCAAAGUGAUGAUAAGGGAAUGAUUUCUAGAAGACUUACUGCCAAAAAAUUACAGGAUGUAUAUAUGGCUUUGCAAGGAUUUUCUUUUAAGACUGAGGACAUUGAGGAAGCUAUGAAAAAUACAAUUUUAUACGGUGGUGAUCUUCACUCUGCACUUGACUGGCUUUGUUUAAACCUUUCUGAUGACGCAUUACCUGAAGGAUUCAGUCAGCAGUUUGAAGAAGAGCAACACAAACCUAGAGCAAAAUUUCGUUCUCCUGUGCCACAGAGUGAAACGCCUCAGAUACCAAACAACAAAAAGGACGAUGGACCUGAAAUAAAGAGACAUACCGCGAAAGACAAAGAGAUGAGUAUGAAGGAAUGGAUUCUGCAGUAUGCUGAGCAACAGAGUGAUGAUGAGAAAAGCGAGUCUGUGAAAAACACAGAAGAUGAGGAAAAGUUUGACCCUAAUGAAAGAUAUGUGCAUUUGGCUACAAAGCUUUUGGAAGCAAAGGAACAGGCAAGUUCCUCCAAGCAAGAUAAAGACAAGCAAAGCCAGAAGGUGGCACAAGAAAAAAUAAGAAGAAUUCAGCAUGAAAUGGCAGCACUAGAAGAACAUCCUGUGUUUAAUCCAGCUAUAAAAAUUUCAAACCAACAACAAAACGAAAAGAAAAAAUCUCCUUUGCCUCCUGAAGCUCAUUUGAACCUGAACUUGCUUGAAAAAUCUGCAGCUGCUGCAGAGGAAGAGAAGGUGAAAAAGAGGGAGCCUCGAGAUGUAAGGAAUUUUGACUACACUGCUCGAAGUUGGACUGGUAAAUCUCCUAAACAGUUUUUGAUCGAUUGGUGCAGGAAAAAUUUCCCCAAGAGUCCAAAUCCUUCUUUUGAAAAAGUUCCGGUGGGUAGAUAUUGGAAAUGUAGGGUUAAGGUUACCAAAUCAGUUGAUGUAAUGGCAGUGUGUCCUACAAUUGUGACCGAGGAUAGUAUGCAAGCUCAGCAUCUGGCUGCUACAUUGGCUCUCUAUCACUUAGUCAAAGGACAGUCGGUCCAUCAGUUGCUGCCUCCUCCAUAUCGAGAUGUUUGGUUAGAAUGGAGUGAAACUGAAAAGAAAAAGGAAGAAGAAAGCAAGUUAGAAACUAACAAACCUCGUGAUAACUUUAUUGCUAAGUUAUUAAACAAACUCAAACAGCAGCAGCAACAGCAGCAAUCUGAAAAUAAACCCAAAGUAUCAGAAGAUCCAGAGGACUCCUGGGAAAACUUAGUUUCCGAAGAGGACUUCAACAGACUGUCUCUUGAGACCACAAGCACAGAUGAUUUGGAACCUGUGAGGAUCCUGUUUAAAAAACUUCAAAGUUCCUCCAGAUACCAGAGACUUUUAAAGGAGAGACAACAGUUACCUGUGUUUAAACACAGACAUUCAAUCAUAGAAACUCUUAAAAAGCAUAGAGUAGUUGUUGUGGCUGGAGAAACAGGCAGUGGCAAAAGUACCCAAGUGCCCCAUUUCUUGUUGGAGGAUUUGCUGUUAAAUGUGGAGGGAUCAAGUAAAUGUAAUAUUGUCUGCACACAACCCCGAAGGAUCUCAGCAGUGAGUCUGGCUACCAGAGUUUGUGAAGAAAUGGGCUGUGAAACUGGACCUGGAGGAAGAAAUUCUUUGUGUGGAUAUCAAAUCCGUAUGGAAUCCCGAACGGGAGAAGCUACUAGAUUAUUAUACUGUACAACAGGAGUUCUGCUUCGGAAACUGCAGGAUGACAGUCUUCUUUCAAAUAUAUCUCAUGUUAUUGUAGACGAGGUUCAUGAAAGAAGUGUCCAAUCUGAUUUCUUGCUAAUCAUUCUGAAGGAGAUCUUACAUAAACGUUCAGACCUGCAUUUGAUUUUAAUGAGUGCUACUGUAGACAGUGAAAAGUUUUCCAGCUAUUUCACCCACUGUCCCAUUCUAAGGAUUUCAGGAAGGAGUUACCCUGUUGAGGUUUUCCAUGUGGAAAAUGUUAUUGAGGAAAUUGGUUAUGUUCUGGAGAAGGACUCUGAAUAUUGUCAGAAGUUCAUGGAGGAGGAGGAAGAAAUAACAAUAAAUGUUACUAGCAAAGGAGGAGGAAUCACAAAACAUCAGGAAUAUGUCCCACUCCAGUCUGGAUCAGGUGUUGAUUUGGAUCCUUACUAUCAGAAGUAUAGCAAUCGUACACGGCAAGCAAUCUUCUACAUGAAUCCCUACAAGAUCAAUCUUGACCUUAUCUUGGAAUUGCUUGCCUUCUUAGAUAAAAGUCCCCAGUUCAGAAAUAUAGAUGGCGCUGUACUGAUCUUUUUACCAGGGCUUGCUCACAUCCAGCAGUUAUAUGAUCUCAUUUCAGCUGACCGAAGGUUUACAAGGGACAGGUAUAGGUUAAUAGCUCUGCAUUCUAUUCUUUCAACUCAAGAUCAAGCAGCUGCAUUUACAUUGCCCCCUUCUGGAGUUAGAAAGAUUGUUUUGGCAACCAAUAUUGCCGAGACAGGUAUUACGAUACCAGAUGUUGUCUUUGUAAUUGACACUGGGAAAACAAAAGAAAACAGGUACCAUGAAAGCAGCCAAAUGAGUUCUUUGGAAGAGACCUUUGUCAGUAAAGCAAGUGCUUUGCAGCGUCAAGGGAGAGCUGGACGUGUCAGAGAUGGAUUCUGCUUCCGAAUGUACACAAGAGACAGAUUUGAAAGUUUCAUGGAAUAUUCCGUUCCAGAAAUACUGCGUGUGCCUUUAGAAGAGUUAUGCCUUCAUAUUAUGAAAUGCAAUCUUGGUUCUCCUGAGGAUUUCCUCUCCAGAGCAUUAGACCCUCCACAGCCUCAAGUAAUCAGCAAUGCAAUGAACCUGCUACGGAAAAUUGGGGCUUGUGAAUUAAGUGAGCCCAAACUGACUCCAUUGGGCCAGCACCUUGCAGCAUUACCUGUCAAUGUAAAGAUUGGCAAAAUGCUUAUAUUUGGUGCCAUAUUUGGUUGCUUGGAUCCUGUGGCAACUUUAGCUGCUGUAAUGACAGAAAAAUCCCCUUUUACUACACCAAUUGGUAGAAAAGAUGAAGCAGAUCUUGCAAAAUCUUCCCUGGCAUUGGCAAACUCAGAUCAUCUGACAAUUUACAGUGCAUAUCUAGGGUGGAAAAAGGCUCGUCAAGAAGGAGGUUAUCGCACUGAAAUGGCUUACUGCAGAAGGAAUUUUCUUAACAGAACCUCACUGUUAACUCUGGAGGAUGUGAAACAAGAACUAAUAAAGGUGGUCAGGGCAGCAGGAUUUGCAGCACCCACAACUCAUCAUACGUGGGAAGGAAACGGAACCACACAAUCCCUUUCUCUUCAGGAAAUAGCCCUUCUUAAAGCUGUGCUGACUGCCGGGCUAUAUGACAACGUGGGGAAGAUAAUGUAUACGAAGUCUGUAGAUAUCACAGAGAAAUUGGUGUGCAUGGUGGAAACUGCUCAAGGUAAAGCACAAGUGCAUCCCUCCUCAGUAAACAGAGAUUUGCAGACAUAUGGAUGGCUGCUCUACCAAGAGAAGAUAAGAUAUGCCAAGGUGUACUUGAGAGAGACUACUUUAAUUUCCCCCUUUCCAGUUUUACUUUUUGGUGGAGACAUAGAAGUUCAGCACCGUGAACGCCUCCUGUCUGUUGAUGGCUGGAUCCAUUUUCAGGCUCCUGUAAAGAUUGCAGUAAUUUUCAAACAACUGAGGGUUCUCAUUGAGUCUGUUUUAAAGAAAAAACUUGAAAAUCCUAAAAUGUCACUUGAAGAUGACAAGAUUUUACACAUCAUCAAAGAACUGAUAAAAACAGAGAAUGCCAGCUGAAACUGGAGUUCAGUAACAAACUACAAAGCUUAAAGCUUCAAUAGUGGCAGGAAAACAAUUAUGCUUAAAAAAGACUUCAGCUAACGUAUUUCAACAUUUAAAAUGUGGUUGAUACCAGCCAUAACUUGGAAAUACUGCAUGAACUUGACAUAGAAGUAAUUUUGUAGGUCAUUUUUAAUUAUGAGCAUAAAUGUAUUAUGUUUACAAUAAAUUUUGUUGCCAUUUGUUUGAAGGUAUAAAUGAUGGUAGUAAUUCAUAUCUUUUCAACAUAAAAAUGAACAUGACCAAUUCACAUUUGCUUUGUUUCAGUUUGAGGUAUUUAUUAGUAGUGUACUAGAAACUCAAGAUCAGGUUCUGAAUCUGUAUGGAAUAGCUUUUAACUGCUAUACAAAAUAGCUUGUCCUGUUUAGAUAUGUAAAAACUGAAAACAAAACAGAUUUUUGUGCAUUUGCCAAAACAUUACUUCACUGUUUUUGUACCUUAAGCUGUAGACUUUUAUUCCGUAGCAGAUUUAAGCAUUACAUUUUAAGAACAUUGUCAUUUUUCUAUAUGGCUCAUUAUGAUGAGAUGAAAACAUGGGGACACAAACUGCAGAUCAGUAGUCUUUAGCUUGGGAAUUUCAUUGGGAUUUUGAAAUCCUAACACUGUUGGGCCUGAACAGACAGAGGACUAAUGCUGAAGUUUUCUUCAUUUAAUAAAUAUUGAUUCCUA